GGGGCUCCCGCGAGGUGUUUGUGGUUUAGUGAGUCAGAGAGGGGACUUCUCGCAGAGAGAACCGCUUUCAUUUCAGAGAGGGUCGAAAAUUCUGUUUCCAUUUCCAUCCUCAUCAUCACAUUAUCAGAGUGAAGACAUGUCAAAUGGAAUUCUUAGAAGAAACUCCAGUAAACUGGGCCUUCAGAACCUCUUAAGGAUCACGGCCCAGCGGAGCCUGGAGGAUGCGGAGGAGAUCGAGCGUGAGCGUCGGCGACGUGCGCGGGCCGGCAGACUGUCCAGCUCCGGGGCGUGUCAGGACUCCGAGCCGCUGCCCGACGACACUCUGUGUCAGUCUGAUCUGAAGAGCGGCUGUACAGUGUCUCAGGAGGAGGAUGAAGGCUUCGGUGACUGGACGCAGCGACUGGAGAGACGGCGGCAGAGACGAGAUGGAGGAGAAUCGGUGCAGGCGGAGGAAGACACACCUUACCACAACGGCACAGCCAAUCACAGUGAACCCUGCCUUGAUGGCACAGCCAGUCACAGAGAAUCCUGUCUUAACAGGAGAGCCAAUCAGGAUGUACCGCCACUUAAUGGGAGAGCCAGUCAUGGCACGGGCAAUCAUGAUGAACCCCCGCUUAAUAGCACAGCCAAUCACACGGCCUUAAAACUUAACAACCGAACCAGUUAUACGAACCACAGCCGGAACGGCAGCACCAGUUACAUCCAGUCUGGCUCCUGCUUCUUUACGCUGUCACCGUCUGGCCGCACCGAUCAGGAUGAAGGGGACAACUGGAGAGAUAAGGAAAAAGAAAAAAGGAAGGAGUUGAAAAUCUCCUACACAUCCAAAGUCGUCCUCCAGCAGGAUGUGAAACGUGUGAGCGGCAGUGAGGACGCAGCUGGAGGUGCAGAGGAAGCCAAGAGCAGCUCAAGUGUCUCUGAUGGAGGGGAGGAGGAGGCAGGAGCAGAAUGCGCUCUGAUGUUGGAGAGCAUGCGUCUGCGGCACCAGCAGAAGGAGAAUGAGGAGCUCGAGGAGCUGAGGCAGAAACAGGCAGAGUCAGAGGCAGAGCUGCAGGAGCUCCAGCGCAGGAGAGAGGAGAGACGCAAAGUCAGACAGGAAGAGGAGCGCAAGAGGGAGGAGGAGGAGCAGCAGCGCCAGGCCAGGGAGCAGGAGGAGAAACAGAGAAUGAAGGAGGAGAUGGAAAGAAGGAGACUGGAUGCGACGGAGAGAAGGCUGAAGAGGCUCAGCACCUCCAGCGCCGAGGCCGAGGAGCCGUUCAGCCCAAAGAGCCCCAGUUUUAAGAAUGAGGUGCAGGAGUGGAUGGAGGUGGAGAGUACGGGUUGGAUUACAGAAAGAACUGAGUCUUUGAACCGUUCUGUGAAGAAAAGCAAUAGCAUUAAGAGGACAGAACCCGCAAUGCCCGUCUCUAAAAUUGACGACAGACUGGAACAGUACCACCAGGCCAUUGAGGUUUCCUCAAAGGAGACCAAGCCAGCCAAGCCAGUGCUAUUGGACAUGUCCAGUCCACCAGAACCUGUGGCUGCCAAAAAGAGUCUGUUUGAGGCAGGAGAUGCAUGGAGCCAGGGCACAGGGAAGACUGCAUCUUCAAAGGAUACAGAGGGUCUGAAGGUGGGCGUGGCAGAUCUGAUUAGCCAAUGGGUGAAGGGGAACCCUGAGGACAUGCCCAAAACUUCUGCCUCCAAGCCUGAGGAGGUCAAGGCCGGAGAAGUACGCCACAAAAAGAACCUGUGGGAGACCAGAGGGGAUUCAGCGUCACAAGGAAAACCUGGAAUUUCAGCUAAGAACUCUGGCAGUAAAAAGUACAAAUUCAUUGUGACUGGGCACGGAAAGUAUGAGAAAGUUUUGGUUGAUGGAAGUGAGGAUCCUAAAUACUCAAAUGGAAAGUCGGCUGGCUUGAAAUAUGAAGACGCAUGAACCGCCUGAUUACGACUGAUGCCAUCAUACUUUGUCUUCUCUAAUUUAUAAAGUAUUAUUUCAUAACCCUACUUAGACAAAAAGAGAAAAAAGAUUUUCAAAAUGGUUAUUUCACAAAACUGGAUCUUUUGUCUAGGAGUCUCUCUGCAUCCUUCCCUGCUGUUCUUAUUGAGAUUGUUAAGCACGGCUUGCAAUUAAUUUGCUUUUCCUCAUUUUACAGUUUUCUGUUUAUACUUCAUAUUUUUUAAUAAUCGGUCACAGUAAAACAAACCCUAUGUUGGUUACAUUGGCCUACUGUGAAAUGUAGUCCGGAAAUAUCAUAAAACGACAGUCCUGAUUUCCAAUGAGAACGGCCCAAACACCGAAUGGUAAUGUUGUUGUUCUUGGUACGUCAAAGGCAUAUUUCUGCAUAUUAAAGCGCACGUAUUGCAUGCAGGACACAGGUCUGAUGAACUCACAUGUCAAAGCCUUAAGUCUGUCAGUGUACAUUAUGCCUGUCAUAAAGCGACCAGGUGAGGUGACCUGUACAGGUAGCGUGAGCAGGAGUGCAGGCACUGUGGACGGUUCUCAGGCUACACAAGCUCGCUCAGAUUCGUUAGAGAGCUGACUUUGUGUCUGACCCAGUGUGGCGUCUCUGUAACGUGAUCCUGGACCAGCAGCUGCUGUGGCUUUUAUUUUUGCUUGUCUUACAGUCUCAGGAAUCAUGAGGAAGCGGAGAAAGACACAGAGUCCAUCACAGCACAGGUUUUACUGUUUUAGGGAAUCUUGGGAUCCUGCAGUAAGUCGGACAUGCUCUCUGGUGAUUGUAGUGCUCAGGAAAACCUGCCCAAUGAUUUGAAUCCAUUGUGUUACUUCAGUGAACUCUAACAGAGCGUAGUUUCCAUUAAAUGUUUUGAUAUGUUAAACACAUGCAGACAAGUGAUAAAUUCCUUAAGGGCACAAGGCAUGAGCCCAUUCGACUGAGACUUGCAUUAGCCUGCUUUUCUCUAUAUAAAGCUUCUGGAAAAAAAAGUAUCACAUAUUUAUGCUGAAAUGUAUUGGUCAAACGUGUAAAUGGUGUUGCCCACAAGGGUUUUCAACUGCACAGAAAGUGAUCCGCAAUAAAGAGUCCAUGGAAGAGC